CCCGUUAAACCCUUAACAAAAUUCCCUCUUAUAAUAUGUUAGAUAGAUUAGAGAUAUAUAUAAAAUGUGAAUAGCCGUUACAUGGUCCUAUUCCGUUAAAAUAGUGAUGGAUGGGCACUGUAGCUUGGCGCAAGGAAGCUAACCGCGAAUUCUUGCUCUGUUUGUUCCGUUUGCUCCUGCGCUUUAUCUCUUCAACGCCCUCGCAAAUCUUCAUUUUAGUUUUUGCGCUAUUGAAAUUCAGAGAUUAGGGUUCACAAAAAACCUACCGCCGAAGCCGCCCAACGGUGUGGCAGAGUGGCGAUGGAUAUAGGCAACUGGAGGAAGAAGAGAAGAAAAGGUCGAACAGGGGCUAACUACAGAGCAGGGACAAAUACCAGCUUUGGUCUCAGAUUCAGAGAAUGAAUCGGUGAUUUGGAGAUAAAGAAAGAAAUUUUCUUAUAGUGGAAGUUGCAAAAAUUAGCAACCAUGGCAUCUCUCUGAUUCUCCAUGACAUCACAGGCAUUCAGGUUCAGAGUUCAAGGAGAGGAUCACAUGCAUUGUUUGUAAUUGCGCAAUGCAAUUGCGCCUCAUGGCGCGUCUAAGCUAAUUCCUGGACUAUGGCAUAAAAGGCAUUGCAUAAGGCGUUGGGAGUGUGAUGUGCGCAAUAUUGCACUGAGGCGUACGCAAUAUUGGAUACGCAAUAAGGCGCUCUGAGGCGUACGCAAUAGGAGCACCUAACAUUUGAGAAUUGCAAUCUAACUUGGAAAAAAUAUCCCGCCACUUGUUACUGCUCCUGAUUGCUGAUGUGUUUUGGCCCUUCCUGGUUGCUUUGAGCGUCUCAAUUGACUGUUGUGCGAGCUGUCACAAUUCAUGCAACAAAUGGUUACUUUUCAACUGCUUUUUUUGAUGACACAUGUUGCUUUUAUGAAUUUACUUCUGAUUUAUGCCUUGCCCAGGAUUCAGGCUCAACCGGAUUUUCUGAUCCAUAUGUUGUUUUCAGUUGCCAUGCGAAUACGAGAACCAGCUCGAUUAAGUUCCAAAGUUCAGAUCCCAGAUAACAUUAAGAUCCCCUCAAACAAAUUCAGCUUUCCAAAAACUCUUCGGACUUCCACUUGAGGAGUUUCUGAUUAACGAGUUCAGUUGUCACUUGAAGCGCAGAAUGCCCCUUCAGGGCCGCGUAUUUUAGUUUCCAAGGAUAGUUGGGUUUCCUGCAGAUCUCUUUGGACACAAGACAAUUUUUUUCUUUCUUUGGAAAGACAUAGAAGAUAUUCAAGUCAUUCCCCCCACGUUGUCAUCGAUGGGCAGCCCUAUUCUUGUAAUGACACUUAAGCCUCACAAAGGAUUUAUGCGAGAAUGUGAUUUUUGCGUCUUCCUAUUUUGUUAGGUUUUAACUUUGGACAAUCAAGGCGUUGUGGAAAGCAAGAGCAUUAACCCCUGAGCAGAAGACCAGCCAGAGCAGACACACGACUAUAUGGAGGGCUUGGGUGUGUAUGAUAAUGUUAUUGGAAACUUGACAAACUAUGGGGUUCCUACUAUCAGUGAAGAGCUUGAUGCAGCUCAGCUGAAAGAGAAGUAUAUCUAUUCCACACCAAAACAAGUUUGUAUUCUUAUGUUUUUUAUGUCAUUCAUUGGUUUAUAAUAUCAGGGUAUGGGCAGUAAGCUAUUGUUGUUAAGUUGUAGUUCAUUGAUUUAUUAUCAUUGAGAUCAAGCGGCUGUCUUAUGAUAAAGAUUUUUUUAAUAACACCUUUAUUCUCAAACCAUGACCUUAUUGGUUAGUUAUCACCACUUACAAAUCAGAGUUUUUGCUAAACUAAACUAAUCAUAUUAUUUGGAGUAAAUGACUAAGAAGCUGUUCUGUUCGUUUUAUUCUUAUUACUUAUUCCUUAUUCUUAUUUGAUUAAGAUCAGAUCAGAUCAGAAAGAUUCAAAUCAUAUCAGAAAAAAUCAGAUCAGGUGAAGGGAACAGCUUCUACAACCACUCACUUCUUGGUGGAGUUGACUUUAAGUUGAACUUUUUUAGUACAAAAAGGUUCUGCACACAUUUUUCAGGUGGGUGGGUGUACAUUAGGUUUUAAUGUUUAUGUGAAGAUUGUUUUUCUAUGAGAAUGUUCAGUGAUGGUAUAGUGAAUCUUUUGAUAUUAGUCACUACAAUAGUUUAUUGUAGUUAUUCAAGCUAUAUUAGUAGCUGGCAAACAAGGAAACUGAUAGCAUUUGCUACCUCAUCCAGUGUGAUAAGUACUGCUGCAAUACUUUUGUCCAUCUUAAACAAGGAAGCUGCUGAUCAGAGGGAUCUUCACAAUCUCUUUAUUAUAUCUAACGUGAAAAUCAUAGAUGUUCAAAUGAAGAAUUCCAUCUUAAUUACCCAGCCUGUAUUUGUGAGUACCCUGCAUAUAUUCACAAGUUUCUGAUUCUACAAUGUUUUACGAAGUAUUUGUUUACUAGGUAGCUAGAAGCACAAAAACGUGUUUUUGAUCGAAUUGGCAAAUGAGAAAUUAGAUUCACUGAUAACUGUAAGGAAUAAAUGUAUUUAGAUUUUGAUGAUGCUAGAUUAAUUAGAACAUUAGAGUACCCCCAUUUAGAAUUGUUGUAUUAGAAUUUUUUUUUUAAGUGUAAGCAUUCUAGAGUAGUCGACUGACAGAAGACCUCUUGGCUCUCUGCUGAACUUGGAUCCUUCAGAAGAGCUCAUGGCCCUCUGUUGGCUGUUUACUUGACAGAAGUGCUCAUGGUACUCUGUUGAAGUUCCAAUGGUCAGAAGAGCUCGAGACCCUCUGUGAUCUGACCCUCUGGAAACCGCAACAGAAGAUCAAACACUUAGAGAAUUUGCAAGCUACCUCGCCGAUGUGCCUUAACGGAAGAUUCUCUCAACGGCUAGCUCUUACUCAACGGAAAUGCUACAGGACAACAUUUAAUGCUCAUUUAAUGAGCGCUACACUCCGAAGAGUAAAAGCUGAUGAUUGACCGAGAUUCCUGGAAAGCCUAUCCCAAAAUAGCAAGCCGCCAAACUUGCGGGCCCAACCGGUCAACUCAUGCAGUACGCGCAUUCAAUGCAGUUGUCUCCUCCUCCAACGGGAAGACAACUCCAGUAUAAAAGAUACACCUUGAAGAACUUUUGGAACAACUUUUGCUCUCACAACAACAAUAUCAGAAGCUAUCUUGAGAUUAAAAGUCCAUCUUCAUCAACAAGAGAAGCUUACGUUGGAAAGAUAACAUCUUCUCACAAUCUUCUUAUUCCAACAAAGAGCAAAAUUCCUACUGUUCUUCAACUCUUCAAGCACCUCAUUACAAAUCUUUUGUGACGAAGCAAGUUGGAGAAAACUCUGUUUUCUACAGAACAUCUUCUGCAAAGAAGGGCGUCUUAAAGUAGCUUGAGUGGUGAAGUGGUGAUACUUCAAGGAGAAUCAGUGAAACAAGACCAGUCUUAAAGGAAGCAAGGAAGUGCAUCCCAGGAGACAUCUACACUUGAAGAAGACGUGGAGAGCUUCUCAUUGAACGAGUUGUUCCUUGAACCACUAUAAAAAUCCCUGGUGUCACUUACUUACUGCUUUUUCUAUUUGCAAACUGAUUAACUCCAAAGAAGUGGUAUCUGUGUUCAGCAGAACACCUCUUGUGAGUUAACAGAAGGCCAAGUGCCUUUCAUCCUCUGUGAGGCUACCCCGACAGAACACCUACCAGAAAACCUCCGCUGCCAGUCUGUUCUCAAUCUUGGUACUUAGCUUGAAAAAGUUAAAAACCAUAACAGUCUAUUCACCCCCCCCCCCCCUAGACUGUUACCUCAAUAACCGGGACCAACAAUAACUACAUACCAAAAACAGGUCAAAAUGCGCAAUUCGGAAUACCUGACUAUAUAUAGAGAAACACAUUUAAUAGAGGUAUGUGAGUCAAUGUAGUUUAGCUCUAAACUGUGAUGAUAAUUGUAUUCCUCAACGUUUAUUUAAUACUUAUCAUGUACUACGUAUAUGAUACUAACUUAUUAGAAUUUUUGCUCCAUUUAAAUUUGGUAAAUACGAAUUUCAAUCUUUGUUCAGGUUUACCAAUACCCAAAUUUGACCUUCACAUUUACCAAUGUUCACAACUUUGAUGUUGAUCUAUAUGGUUAUAUAUUAUGGGGCAUUAUUUGUAUUAAUGUCAGAUAACUGUUCUGCUCACCUCGUUUUGCAGGGAUGGCUUCUUCCAAGGCACCAUGAUGAAACCCGGAAGAACAUGCCUAAGAAUACCCUGCAUUGAUGACUCUUGAGCUCCUAGCCAACAGGUGAAAGAUGAUAAUGUGAAGGGACCCUCAGAAGUUGUUGACUAUUUAAUGAUGCACACACCAAAUCCUAGCAGACCAUUGUAUUGCUAUAAUCUUCCUGAAAGAUGGCAUGGUGGUGGGAUGGAUUCUUCUUCCCAAUUUUAGGUUUAUUCGUAUUUUAAAACUUUAUUUUAUUCAAUGCUAUUGGUACUCAAUAUCUUAGAAGCUUAGAAUAAGAGUAAACUGAGCUUUACUAACAUGUUUACAGAUGUAUUGUGAGCAAGUGGGUAUACCACAAGCAUUUCUUCCCGAUCCCCCAACACAGUGAUAUUGUUUUAAUGACGUGACAUGGGGGAUGCAAAUGGAAGGUGAAUUUUGGUAAGCUCCAGUUUCCAAAGCUCACAUGAAAACAACAGUGGUAUAACCACAGCGUGGUUACCAGUGAAACCUUUGGGUGCCCCUGCUUUUGAUGCCCCUUGUGUGAAAGAGUUUGAUGCCCCUUGUGUGAAACCAAAUGAUGCCCAGGUUAAUGUAUCUGUUGAUAAACUUGUUACUAUCCCAUUUACUAUCCAAGUAACUAAUGCUUCUGUAAGUGCCAGACCUGAAGUUGAUAUGCUUGUUACUGCUAAGCCAUUAGAGGCCCACGCAGCUUCUUUUAUCUAUGUUGUUACCAACAUCCGUAUUAGUUCAAACCCUGAAUUUGAUGUCCCUGAUACUGCUAAGCCUUUGGAGGCCUGGGCAGUUUCUUUUAUUGAUGUUGCAGGCCCAGAAAAUGGUGUUGCAGUCCCUUAUGCUGUGUAUAAUAAUGUUACAGAUGCCCCAAAUGCUACGCAGGCUGCCUGUAACGCUACUAAGGCUACAAAUGUCCAACUUCCAACGGGUUUUUAGUCUGAUGAAGCCCCGGUGGCCACCCUUCACGUGGCGGUAACCGAGGAAAUUCAUCAACUGGCUACCUGUGAUGCUGGAAAUGAUACGUUCUAGGCCUGAGACGGAAAUGAUGAGGCUUUCUCUGAUCCAACUUUUGACUAUGCACUUAGUACACCUGUCACUUUUAUCUUACUAUAUAUAUCUUACUAUUACUAUAUAUAUAAAAGAUGAAUGAAGGUUAGUUGCUCCUGUUUAUUCCCGUUCGCUCCUUGCGGAUGGGCUUUAUCUCUUUCGACGCCCUCACAAACCUUCAUUUACGUUUCUGGACUCUUGGA